ACUCCCGUGUUCGAAUAGGCAGGAGAGAUCGCUGGAUUUUUUAAUAUGUGUUGAGGGAGUGGUUUGGGCCCAGCGACGCCAGCUGUGUCCACCCUUAACGUGAGCGCAGCGCAACUGCGUAUUCAUCACUUGACAUGCGUCCUGCACGAUGCGAUGUCUUCUCGAGCUUUUCUUUUAGCCGCCUCUUACUAUCAAGUGCGGGGACAGCUGCUUGUGCAUAGGAACUUCAGCAGGAGGGCGGCUGCACCGUAGUCUGAAGAGAGCACCCUAGAUUAGGUGUCAACCUCUGGUUUACCGAAACAUUUAUAAGUCACCGGUUUUCGAUAUGUUUUUUUAAAUAACGCAAUAUUCCGUCAAAGGCAGGAUGACGUACAUCAACUGUACGUAAUGGACGUAUGUACCUUCUGAUACAUGAUGGGAAACAAAGAAGCGGCGAAGUCGAUGGAUUGUACACCUGUCAGCUUUCGCAGACCAAACUUGGACAAUGCCUGGUGUGUUCCCUUGUUGGCCUCGAUUUCGACCUUCCUCUUGACAAUGCCAUUCACCUGCUUUGGUCUCCUAUUCGUGAUCAUCGUGGAGAAGUUCGGGACCACCCGAGAAGAGACGUCUUGGAUUGAAAGCGUAUUCAUUAUGUGCAGCAAUCUAUCAGCACUUGCAAUAGCUUUUCUUCAGCUGCGUUACACUCUCUCCCACAUCGCGCUGAUGGCCGCCGUCCUGACCAGCACAGCUGUUAUCGCUUCUGCAUUCGCUCCGAACGUGGUUUGGAUGAGCAUCGUUUUCGGUGGUUUUUAUGGUUUCGCAGUCAAGCUAUUCGUGGCAGCCGUUUCAAUCUACACAAUGCUGUACUUCGACAAGUACCGGGCUACAGCGCAGUCCUUCAUCAGUGCCUCCCAAGGAGCAGCUGGCAUGGUGGGACAAUCCGUGCUGUCGUGCCUCGAGGAGAGUUACGGCCUCACAGGAGCGUUGGUCAUAUUCGGCGGGAUACUCAUGCACGCUGUACCACUCGCCAUGCUUAUGAACGAGCCACGCCGGAUACGGCUUACUUGCUUCCGACGAAAGAAGUUACUAGCCUUUGACGCCAACAUCAUUGUUACUCCUGUGAUCUCUGGUUCAAACAAAGCCGCCUUUUUAAAGUCAGGACAGCAGUGGGAUUUCUCGGCUGUACAAGGCAGUGCGGACCAGCAGCUUGCCUUUGGGGCUGUAAAUAAUAAUUCUAUUACAGGGCAAAAAGUACUCUCACCUGAAGUUACUAGUGCAGACGCAAAAUUAUCAUUGGAGGCUGCAAUGUUUCAAGGCUCUAGUGCGAAGGACUCUUUGAGCAAGUCCUGCAAUACUCGAAGUGAAAACUUGUACCCUUUAAAAGCAGACCACAAAACUUCGCUACCAAAUUUGGGACUGAAAUUGAACACUGCACGAAAUCGAAUGGUUGUGCCAAGCCAAAGCUUCUCCUUGAAAAUUGCUCUUUCACUGUUUAAAGAACCAGCGUUUUACGUUUUACUCUUAGGAUCUUUAGUCGGAGAUUACACCGAAAUGGUGUUCCUCGCCACGGCCGUGGAAUACGCUGAGGAUAAGUCAAUGAGCAUCAAAAACAGCGAACACUUAGUCACUCUGUGGUUUUUAGGACAGUUUCUCGGGAGUGGCCUAUUACCUCUGCUAGCCGACUGCGUGGGGCAUAGCCGUUCACUUUUCUAUGUGGUCACUUUCGCACUUUCCUCCGUCUCUCUGGUGGUGCUGCCUCACGUGAUGGAUAUCCCGAGCCUUUCCGUUCUUCUGCCGAUACAUGGCAUGGCAAUGGGCUUCAUCAGGUGCGUCAAGUGCGUAGUUAUAGCCGAUCAAGUUGGCCCUGAAAGGACGGCAGCUUGUUGGGGCAUCAGCGGGCUGGCGAUAAUCCCCUUAUCUCUGGCGAACCCAACGAUCAUUGGUUUCUUCCGGGAUUCGGGAGGUUCAUACGACAACUUCUACAGGAUGCUCGGUGGGAUCAACUUCUUCGUCAUGGUUCAGUUUGCUGUCUUCCUUGUGUGUAGCAAAAAGAAGAAUAACACAACCGUGAAGGCGGUCAUUCGCACAGCUGGCACCAUCACACACGAAGGAAAGGCGUCGUCACCUCCCCCGAUGUCGUCAUUCAAAAGUUCUCUCGUUGUGGGUUUGGAAGGGCAUUUUAGGAGUAACGUCGGAACUUUAUCAACUUGAGGGUCCCCAUUCUCCUAGAGAUUUUCCAGGUUACGUGCGUAGGAAUAGCAUAGUCAUUGUAAUGCGUGCAAAGCCCUCAAAUUCUACUUACUACCUCUACUAACUUACCUCAAAGCAGAAAACCUUGUUCUGGGAGCUUCAAUUCAGUGCAGCAAUAUAAAAGAGCGCGUCUAGGUUGACACAGCGUCACUACUGAAUUCAAAAAGGUAAUAAAAGGACGCAAGCUUGAACGAAAUUGCCUCUGCCAGGGGCAUCAUUAGAAUUUGCGUUGCGUAUUAUAUUCCAUAAAGACCCUAAAUAAAAGUUCUGUACAAUACUUACAUAUAGAAGGGCAGGGUUCGCUGACGUCACGCAAGGGUAAUAGGAGAUGGCUGGGCGAGGUCAUGAUUGAGUUUAGAGCAGACAAGAAAUAGGCGCGAUAUGAUUAUCUUUAUUAUGGUGAUGGAAAUAAUGAAAAUAUUUCUAACGGCUGAUAGGCACUGAGUCUUCAUUUUCCACAUUUCGCAUUGUUCGACAAGGUUUCCAAGGAAUUGGACACAACAUUUUCAUUAGAAUAAGUUUAUGACGGCUACAAAGCCGCGGAUAAACUAGCAACUAUUGAAACCAAAGCGAUAUGUCGCUGAGAUGUUUGGCGGUAGCGGGCUGAAAGGUGACGCAAGUGCUCUAAGGUCAUCCAUGCGCUGAUAAUUGAUACCAAGUUGACCUCCAAAAGACUUGGGAAGCUGCAGGCAAAAGCUCCAUAUAACAAUAAAAAGAAAACAAGCUCGCUAUUUACUGAAAGCAAGUGGCGCCAUGGAGAGCAAAAUCGUAUUUCAGUGUCCAUAUCAUAAAAUAAUAUGGAGCAGCAUGAACGUCAAGAAGCGUACAGUGCUAACUUGUAUCUCCUACUGUAAUCAGCAUUAAUUGCAGAGACUAAUGCUACAAGCCACUGUCAAAACCAACUUCUUUCAAGUAAUUGUUCCUGAAGCCGACCAUCCGAGCACACUUAUUUCAGCGCUGUCGGAAUAUGUAAUCACAGCUGCAAAACUGCAGCCGAAGUGUCAGUACUUCUUACGUGUCCCACAGCAAAGUGUAGCCAUCACCCAGCCGAAUAAGUCUUCUUCUAGGGAAGCACAACCUUUCUGCCGAACCACUCACCCAUGUGAGCUGGCUAGCCUCCUGUUCAACAGAAUAAACAUGUUGAAAAGCUCCCACAGACGGUAGAUUCGUUGCGUCUUGUGGUCU